ACUUAAUGUGUCUGAGGUCAGUGGAACACCAAAACAGGUACCCAAUGACUUCCUCACUGCCCUAUAUAGGCCAAUUCAAAACUUUUAAACCACAAACAAAGGCAAGCCUUGCACUUGAACUUGGAACGUUUUAUUCUUUUGCAUUUCAAUUGAGCUUUUGUAAUAUGAACGUUCUCUUUGCGGUUGGUGUCUUGUGUUUGGCGCCUUUUCAGGUAAAUGGCCAUGGAAGGAUGGUGGAACCCCCAGCAAGGAACACUAUGUGGAGAAUGGAUUUUGUCGCACCUGAAAAUUACGAUGAUACGGAAUUAUUUUGUGGUGGACUGAAGGUAACACACGAAGACAACGAUGGAAAAUGCGGACUUUGCGGAGAUCGUUAUGAUUUAAAGUUGCCUAGACCACAUGAAACAGGUGGAAACUUCACAUCUGGAAUAAUAGGUCGAACAUACCAGCCUGGCCGAAUCUUAGACGUGAUGAUUGAAAUUGUCGCCAACCAUAAAGGGUACUUUGAAUUUUCUCUCUGUGAAAGGAACGACCCAAAUGAAAGAGAAACCGAAGAAUGUUUUGAGAAAAGAAUUUUGAAACUGGCUGAUGGAACAGGUACCAGGUUUCAUAUUCCGAGAGAUGACAAUGGAUUCUAUGUGGUACCCAUUGAAAUACCCAGAGAUGUCAGUUGUUCCCAUUGCAUUUUGAGAUGGCACUGGAGAUCGGCGAACAACUGGGGCGAUUGUGACAAUGGCACGAAGGCUGUUGGGUGCGGGGCACAGGAACUCUACCGCAACUGUGCAGAUAUUUCUGUUCUUGCUGGGGCAGGAGUGCGUGGUUCUGCUGCAUUUAAUCCGAGACCGCGAGGGCCAAAGACAAUGAAGAAAUACCACAAAUUCCAUUCCAAAAGCAUUCCAUACCAUCGCAGACGAUAGUUUGGAUAAUCAACUAAUGUUAUUUAUAAAGAGUACAAUAGAAUGAAUGCAUCAUACUGAUGUUCAAGACUCGAGCUGGUCUUGAGUUGUGAUACUUGAUUUGUUCCAUUUGUGGGGAAACGAACUGAUUAAAUUUGUUUUGUUUGAAGUGAC